AUGAUCAAAUAUCAAGAAGAGAAAUAUGAUAUUUUAGAUAGUCAGAAAGACUCACCUAUUGCACCACGAUUAAGAGCUCAUAAAGAAAACGUCCUUCAAAUUCAAAUUAAAUGUUAUGGUAAAUGGACUCCGGCGAUGCGUUAUGAUAUCGCCCAUAGACGUAAUGUGUGGGAAAAUAGGUUAUUAGAUGGGUCAAUGGCGGAUGUAGGCAUGUUGAAUGUGGAGCUGGCGGAAAGAGCAAAAGAGGAUGCGAAGCACUUCAACGACUACAAUUACACCGAUAAUCCCUACGCCUUUGGUAAUGUGAUGAUGCAACAUAUAAGUCCUAUAAAUGGAGAGACUUACCCUUCACAUGCCUCAUGGGACUCCAACAGUGCCCUCAUUGAUACUCAGGCAGAAAUGUUAACUGGAAGAAAUUUAUCUGCAUCUAACAAUCAACCAGUUAAUCAAGUAAUUAGUCAGGCAGGCCGUAACUCUCUGCCAGUUUUAGCGAAUGGAAAAACAGUGCGUUAUAAAGGAACGAAGUUCAAUCCAUUCUACUCACGUCCUAAUCCUUACACCCCUGCACCAUACGUGAACAACACCGACUACUCAAGCAAUUCCUAUACCACUCAGCCUUUUUACAAUAGUCAACCCUUCCAUAACAAUCAACCGACUUUCAACGCUAGCAACAUUAGAGGUGGUGGUAGUGGUAGAGGAAUAGGAAGAGGAGGUACAGGUCGUGGCGCGAGAGGUGGCCGAGGUGGAGGUAUGCAUCCAGCAAUAGGACCUGGAAGCUUUGAUAAGGCAGCAACUGAAUCGGCUGCUAAGAAUGCAGAGAGUAAUGUAGGAGGUGUAGCUUCUAGUUUGACGUGA